GAGCGCCACGAUAACAACAUAUAUGACAAGGUUGUCCACUGGUUCGAGAUGAUCGAGAAGGAACUCUGUAGACCAGAUAUCCUGCCAGAGAAUGUCUACAACAUGGAUGAGACUGGAGUCAUGCUGAACAUGCUCGGCACUGUCAAAGUCCUUGUAGGUAAGGAUGACCGUCGAGACUAUAGAGGUGCGGGCGUUAAGCGGACGAUGGUGACC